GUAAAGAGCUUUCAUAUCCACCCAGCCAGGCUCUGAGCCUCCAUCCUCUGGCAGAGCUCUGCAGCAUGCCCACCUAGCCCCCCUUCAGGAGACUUGCACCCCUCUGCCUGGACCUGAAGCCCCUUAAAUAUCAGUUGUUUAUUUACCAAGCAAUUCUCUUCUUUGGAGCAUCAUCCUCUUCAGCAUCAGCACCCUGAAGAUGUGCAGCUGGUGAACAGCACUAGCCUUGAUCACUGCCAGGUCUAUCUGGGGGUCUUCUCCAGCCCCCACCCACAAAACCCCCUGUGCUGCCUCUUUAAGAUCAUCAGUCAUUUGGGCUUUUGACAGAUCCAUGGAGCUUUGAUGGACAAGGAGAUCCAGGAACAAGGUUGGAGAGCAGAGGUUCUCCAUGCUUGGAACAUCUAGACCAGCUUGUAUCCAUCCCAACACCCAGAAGACCCCUCUACUGCUGUCCGGGGGGUGUCAUCCUAUAAACAUCACUAUCAUUAUUAUUGUCAAUAUUGCUGUCCAUUCUGCUGCCAGCGCUAAAGAGGACAACCCCAGCCUGGAAUAGUGUCCUGCGUCCCUGGAAUGGCACAAAGGUACGACGAGAUGGUGCAUUACCCUGGCUUGGAUGGCAUUUCCCUGGCUGGAUUUGGGGAUGCCCAUACUAACAGAGCCCUUCAGCACCACUCUCUGAGUCAGAGCUCACCCUAUGGAUCCGCUGGUGCACACCGAGUACCCAUGCCCCCUGGAAUGGGCGGGAAUGACGGCUUAAAGAGAGAAAAGGAUGAGAUUUAUGGGCACCCUCUCUUUCCUCUACUUGCUCUUGUAUUUGAAAAGUGUGAGUUGGCAACUUGUUCACCGCGGGAUAAUUCUGGGUCUUUUCCGGGGGGUGAUGUAUGUUCAUCAGAUUCCUUCAACGAGGAUAUUGCUGUUUUCGCCAAACAAGUUCGAUCGGAAAAGCCUCUCUUUUCUUCCAACCCUGAGCUUGAUAAUUUAAUGAUCCAAGCCAUCCAAGUCUUAAGGUUUCAUUUAUUAGAGUUAGAGAAGGUUCAUGACCUCUGUGAUAAUUUUUGUCACCGAUAUAUCACCUGCCUCAAAGGAAAGAUGCCAAUAGACCUGGUAAUUGAUGACAGGGACGGUUCGUCGAAAUCAGACCUGGAGGAUUUUGCCGGAUCUUGCACAAGUCUUUCUGACCAGAAUAACUCCUGGAUUCGAGACCAUGAUGAAACAGGCUCCACCCACUCAGGAACACCUGGACCUUCCAGUGGCGGUCUCGCUUCCCAGAGUGGAGAUAAUUCCAGUGAACAAGGUGACUGUUUAGACACUAGUGUGGCUUCCCCUAGCACAGGUGAUGACGAUGACUUAGACCGGGACAAGAAAAGGAACAAGAAACGAGGCAUCUUCCCCAAAGUCGCCACAAAUAUAAUGAGGGCGUGGCUCUUCCAGCACCUAUCGCAUCCAUACCCCUCAGAAGAACAGAAAAAGCAACUCGCACAGGACACAGGGCUCACGAUACUGCAGGUCAACAACUGGUUUAUUAAUGCCAGGCGGAGGAUUGUACAGCCUAUGAUAGACCAGUCAAAUCGAUCAGGUCAAGGAGGGGCUCCGUACAGCCCGGAUGGUCAGAAUAUGGGAGGCUAUGUUAUGGAUGGGCAACAACACAUGGGCAUACGUCCACCAGGCUUCCAGGGGAUUCCAGGGGAUUACGCCUCAGCUCCCAGCGCUAUGGCCAUGGGAUUCCCACCGGCCGGUUACACACCUGCCAUGACCUCACACCCUGCCGGCCUCCGUCACGGAACCUCUCUGCACUCCUACCUCCCAGGGCACCCUCACCAUGCCUCCAUGAUCCUGCCAGCCGGGACCUCCCCUCACCACCUGGUGCCGGCGCAGAGUCCAGGAGACUCACUUUUAAACGGACAAAGCAUAGACAUUCACGCACACUAGCGCCCGGACAACUCAGGGCUAACAAUUUUCUUUUGAGCUUCCUCGUAUCCACUGAUUAUUAUUAUCCUCUAGUAGAGGAUGAAGAUUUUUUUUUUAAAAAAAAAAUCCCUUUCGUGCUGCCAUAAACCCCUGCAAUAGUGGAAAUCUGUGCUUGGAAAAAAUGAACAAAGGCAAAGGAGAACUAGAGAAAUAAAAAAUGGCAGCAUCUCUUCCACUGGCAAGUCGGCUAAGGGAAUUAUUGGAUACUCAGGAAGAAGACAACAUAAUACAUUUUUGUUUGACGCACUCUUCCUAUGCCAAGAUUAUUAUUUUUUUUUUCAACGGACCAAAAACUAGAGUCUGAAAACUGAGGAUAUAAACUUUUUAUUUUUCUGUGUGUGUUUUUUUUUACAUUGUCACAGGGACUAAGUUAACUUGUAUAUUAUUUUUUUUAAUUAAUAUGCUAAUUAUUUGGGUUGAUACGUGUCUUGUUUUAUCUUGUUUUUUUUUACGAUAAAGGAAAACAACUUGAAAAAAAAAUGAUAAAAUGAAACUGUGGAUGUAUAUAAAUGUAAAAAAAUAUUUAUAGCACCUAUAAAAUUCAGGGUCGGUAGAGGAA